AGGUGAACCUAAGACUGAAAAAUGCAUUGUAGCUUCAUGCCUUGCUUGUCAACAAAGCAUUCUUCUUUAGCUUUUUAAGCUUUACCCUAUGAAAUUGAAAUUUCCUCUUCCCCUUCUCUCCCUCUUCUCCCUCUUUGCUUCACUCUUUUGUUUCCCCUAAAAAAAUCCAUUCAAAGCUAGAGUUUCAGACAUUCAAACCCAUAGAUUUUGAGUUUUAAUGAAGGAUAUUCAGAUCGGAGUUUAAUAUUAGAGGUGUUUUUGAAACUGGGAUUUUUUUAGCUAUGGAAUCCGGUGCCGGUUCUCGUUAUGUUCAUCAUCUACUUGGACCGGAGCUUCAGCUUCAAAGAUCAUCGGAACCCCAAUUCAACUCGCCGGAGAAACAAGGAACAACAGAUCAUCCUAGCGCAGCCACUACAAGCUCUGGAGGAGGAAGUACCACUCCGGGAAGAAGACCUAGAGGACGUCCAGCGGGAUCCAAGAACAAGCCGAAACCACCCAUAAUCGUUGCUCGCGACAGUCCGAACUCGUUGAGAUCCCACGUGCUCGAAAUCUCUUCCGGUUCAGACAUAGUUGACUCGGUGUCGGACUACGCACGGCGGCGCGGCCGUGGCGUUUGUGUACUCAGCGGGACCGGUGCCGUCACGAAUGUCACGUUAAGGCAACCGGCUGCUCCACCUGGAAGUGUCGUAACACUACACGGUCGGUUCGAGAUUUUAUCUUUAACCGGGACUUCUCUCCCACCGCCAGCACCGCCUGGAGCUGGUGGAUUGACGGUUUAUCUCGCCGGAGUUCAAGGUCAAGUAGUCGGAGGAAGCGUGGUGGGACCGUUAAUGGCUUCAGGUCCAGUCGUAUUAAUGGCUGCAUCGUUCGCCAAUGCAGUUUACGAUAGGUUACCUCUCGAAGAAGAAGACCCACCAACCGUUCACGAACAACAACCAGCAGCUUCACAAUCAUCCGGAUUAACCGGCAGUGGCGGCGGAAACAACAACAACGGUGGCACAACCGGAACCGGCGUAGGCGGCGGCGGCGGCGGCGGGGUUCCUUUCUAUAAUUUGGGACCAAACAUGGGAACUUAUCCAUUUCCAGGUGAUGUAUACGGUUGGAGUGGUAGUGCAACGAGACCUCCCUUAUAAAUCUUCACUAUGAAUCAAAGAACAACGUUUAUAAGUUCUGGGUUUUGUUUUUUCUUCUCUUUUCAUCAUAGGAUUAUGAACUUGAUGAACACAAAUCAACGAAUCAUCACAAGGUCUCAAAUUUUUGGUCCCUCCUUUUGAUCGAUAUUUCAAGCAAAAUCGAUGACAAAAUUUGUUGCUGCAACUUGAAGACUGAAGAAUGAUUCAUCAGUAAGUCACAGAUUUCUUUUUUUGUAUAAAACAUAGUAUUUUCCAUUUUAUGUUCUUUUUUUCCCUGGGAUUUUCUCACUUUCCAAACCUGUUUAAUUUAUAUAUCAACACACUAGAGAUUUUGUUGAAACUAUAUAUAUAUAUAUAUAUAUAUAUAUUUGGAACCAACAAUAAUUUAUGAUAUUUUCUUCUGCAUGCAUGUAUGCAUUUUGUCAUUAUAAAUUUGGUAGAUGCAUGGGAUGGGUUAGCAAAAAUUUUUAUAUUUACCAUUAGAAAAGAAAUGGUAUGAAAUUGUGAUUUUACAUUGUCCUUAUUCCUUUUAAUAGAAAAAUGAUAAAUUAAAUUUUUCUUCA